CACUUAAUAAACGGUUAAUAAUUUGGGCGCCAUUUGUGAAUUCAAAGAUCGAUUGUCGAUUAUCAAACCAACACCGAAAUUGAAACAGCCAAUCUGCUACUAAGUAUGUUAGUCAUGUAAGUUACGAACAUCGCAGAACUUGUAGCACGUUGAGAAGCCGGUUAAUCAUCAAGAAUUAAGAUACGUAGAUCGUAACGGACUUUUCGUUUCGUUAAAACCGGUAAUAUAUAAGAGAAAUAGAUUAAGUGAAUCCAUUCGAAGACGAUUAUACGAUUGAAAGUGUGCGAUGGCACCCCGGAAAGUUGUGAAACGUGCUGAUGCGGAGGUUGUAGAGAAGACCGCGGAAGCCGGCGAUGUAUCGCCUCCCAAAAGGAAAAAGACCGCGCUAAAGGCCGCGAGUAAAGUCGAUGAAGAAAAACAGAUUCGAUUACCGAGAGCCGCGAAAUCAGCGAAAACUGAACAAGUCGAGACCGCCAAUGUAACGAAGAAAACAAAGCCAACAAGUAAGACGUCGACCGCCAAAAAUGCUUCAACAAAGGCAAACUCAAAUGCUAAGGCAGCAAACGCUAAAAAGAAUAAAGAAAUUGAAGAAAAUAUCGAUACGAAUUCGUCUAAAGCAAAACCCAAGGAGAAAGGCAAAAAAGGUAUAACCGAGAGCACAGAUACUUCAGAAGAACCAACUGCAAAGAAGAAAAAGCAGGCGAAUACUGAAGCAGUGAUAAAAGAGAAUAACACAAAAGCAAAAGCAAGCCGUAAAAAAGCUAAGGUUGAUAAUGAAACAGAAGAAGAGGCAAAUGUAGUUGCAAAGCCAACAAGAAAAGUAGCCAACAGUAAACCUGCAAAAACCACUGCUAAGAAAACAAGAGGUCGUAAAGAUGCAUUAAAAGAUGACGAAGACUCGAAAGUAGCAGAGGAAUCAUCUUCCUCGGAAGCUGCUAAUGUUAGCGAUAAUGAAAAUAACGAAGUCCAAAAUAACCAGAUAGAGGAGACAGAACCUGCUCAACCGUUGAAAAAAGGGAAAAAUGUAAAAAAAAAGGUGGAAACAGCAGCAUCAAAGAAAGCUAGUAAAACUCGUGGUAAAACUGCUCAACGUAAUGUUGAUAACACUAAUGGAGAUGACACAGAAUCAGUAAAAGCUGUCAAAGAAGCACAAGAGAAAGCAACUAAGGAAAAUGUAGUAGCGACAAAAAAAGGAAAGGGAAAGAAGGGAGCAGCAGUGAAAGAGGAAAAUGGAGAUGCAAGAGAGAACAAAACUGCAGAUAAGAAAACAUUGAGUUCAAUGGAAACAAUAGUUAGUAAUAACAACACGGAAAAAUCUUUGGAUGAAAGUAAUGAUAAGGAAGAAGACUCGGAUAAAGAAGAUUUAAAACUCGCAAAUACAUCGGGAACAACAGAUGAAGAGGACGAAGUUAGAGUUAAGACAGAAAUUGAUGCAGCUGAUGUACAGAGUCAAUUAGUAAACGAAGAAGAAAAUUAAUACCGAACAUUCUAUUUUUACUCGAAGUGUUUCUUAAUAUAAUAUAUCAUUAAUAUUUUAAUAUAUUUCGUACAGACAAAAAAAUAGUGGUGAGUAUUUCUAUGCUUAGAAAGACUCUAGAAACAUAUGUUGUAAGGAAUCAGUGAUAUCUUUUAGUUACAUAUUGUUCCAAAAAAAGUUAUUAUUCUUCAUUAAGUAUUUUACGUAAUAUAGUUUGUGAAAUUCAUUUGUUGUUACAUCGUUUUAAUAGUACUAUUUUAUUGAAAAUAGCUACUUAAAUUUCAGGUAAAAUAUUACGAGUAAUAUCAGAUAAUCGACAUUCCACAUUUCUUGAGUUUGUAUGAACUUAAAUAUUAGUAUUAGUACUAGAAUACCAUUGGUUUUAUACGAUAUUGAAAAUAAUAUUUUUGUAAAAGAUUUCUCUUUCGUUUGAAAAUAAAUGUUAAAAAGUUACAACACCUUUUUAAUGGAAAAACA